AUGAAGUUCUUUUCAGGAGUCCUCCUGGCCUCUUUGACCUUUACCGCUGCGUACAUCCCAGUUCCUAGACGAGAUGUCAGCCAGAGCCAAAAUGCAAACCCACCGCAGAGGAAGGACAUUACGACCAUGGGCAAGGAGGAGUUCAGCCUGUAUAUCCUUGCGAUGCAGCAAUGGCAGAAGGCUCAACCUUCAGAGAUCGGUGGCUACUUCCAGGUCUGUGGUAUCCACGGCGCACCUCAUCAAUACUGGGAUGAUUCUGGCAGCUACCAAGCGAACACUCGGCAGGGUAACAAGGGUGGAGGCUACUGUUUUCACGGCACAAAGGACUUCUACUUAUGGCACAGACCGUACAUCGCGCUAUACGAGCAGCAGCUGAAGGCCAUCGCCACAAAUAUCGCCAACAACUGGUACUCACCGCAGAGAGCGACUUACCAGGCCGCCGCGAACACGCUGAGGCUGCCUUACUGGGACUGGGCAAAGUCAGGUACCGUACCUUCGCAAAUCGCCAACUCCCAAAUCACCAUCGUUAGCCAAAGCACCGGCCAAUCACAAACCAUUGCAAACCCUCUCUUUUCCCAUACCACGACUGGAUCUCUAGGCAACGGCAUUAGCGUAGGACGAAAUGGCGGGAGGACAACCUACCGAUCCGGGACGUACGUGAAAGACAUGAGCAGCCAGUUCUCUGGCCUGAGGCGAGGCGUUGCUCUUCUGUUCAACACGCCGAAUGUGUGCUGGAACGUAUUUGCAACCUACGAUUCCAGUGAAAGAUCCAGCUGUGGCGCAUCAUCGGUCAACAGUCUGGAAGGUGUCCACAACACGGUCCACAACACGAUUUGCGGGACGAUGUGCAACUUAGACGCCUCUGCGUUCGAUCCAAUCUUCUGGCUCCACCACGCCAACGUCGAUAGAAUCGGCGCACUGUGGCAGGCCCUGAAUCCAAACACUCGUCAACCGACCACGAGGUCCAGCAGUGGCAAUUUCGUCUGGGAUUCGGGCUCCCAGCGCGGUGAUACUUUCUCGUACAUGCCAUUCCGCACACAAAACACCGGUACUGCUUGGUGGACGCCUGCCAUGUCCUACGACGUUCGCAUGUCGGGCUAUACAUACCCAGAGAUCGCAGAUCGACCAAGCGUGUCAACUCUGCAGAGCCGCCUGAACAACAUUUACGGCAACGGUCGUAGUCAACAGGCUGUCAGCACCAACGCAAAGCGUGACGAUGAGUUCCUCGCGUUGGAGGAACGCCAGGCUUCAGCGAACUUGAUCACGCCACCCUCGCAAGCUGCCUUGGCUCCAUUCCGAGCUUCGUUGAUCAACGUCAACGGAAGCUACUCUGAGUACAGCGCUGAAGUCACGAUUCGGAAGUCCGUAGCACCCGGCGAGUCUUUCAACCUUCACCUCUUUUUCGGGGACGUCGACGUGAGCAGGAUUGCCAACUCGGACUACCUCGAUGCAUCAAACCGUGUCGGCGGCAUCUCCGUGUCUCAAGCAUCUUCGACCAACGGCGCCAACGCUGCACACGGUGUUGUGCCCAUUACCGAUGCCCUCCUCAACACCCUCAUCGCUGGUGGCAUUAAGGACCUCAAGCCUUCUACAGUCCGUCAAUACGUGCGCGCCAAGUUCGUGUGGAGACUCGUCACUGCGAGUGGCAAGGACAUUGGCGGAACUAAGGCACGUGGCAAUGGUUUGGCUAUCAGAGUCAGACGCACUGUUGUAACGCCAGAUGGCGGUGCUCAAGCCGUGCCAGUCGUGGCUGCACCAGAGGCUCUGGUUGACACCACCGAUAACACGAAGGCGGCGCCACUGCCUGCUGGUGUGGCGGCCUCCUCGGUUUCUAGCGCAGCUCCAGCUUCGACUGGAACAUCCAGUGUGUCUUCGAGUGCGGCGGCGAGUUCGACGGCGACAGCUGAUGAUGCGGAGUCAACGGCAUAA